AUGCUGAACGAACAAAGUGUUGAAGUUGAUUUAAAAAAAAUAGAAACAGAAUUAGUAAGUUGUCACGAUAAUACCGAAAAAACGAAAAAAAAAAAAAAAGUCCAAUUUUCCGAAAAAAAUGAAACAUUAUAUUAUGAAAAAGAUGAAAAUGAAAACAGUUAUUUUAAUUUUGCAUUAAAUAAUUUUAAUUAUUUUGAGUCCUUUUAUAAUAGAAUGUAUAAUGCUGAUUUUGAUGAUCAAGAAAUUCAAAAAUAUGAUACUUUUUUAAAUGUUAAUGAUAAGAUAUUGGAAUAUAAUGAAAUGGAUGAUGAGGAUGAGGAUGAAGAAGAAGAUAUACAAGAUAAUUUUUUGAAAAAAAAUAAUUUGGUUAAUUCAACAUUUAAAGGAGUUAAUAAAUUGAAAAUUGAUUUACAUAGUAAAAUAAACAAAGGAGAUUCAAAUUCUACAUCUGAUGAUAAUAAUGAAAAAAAUAAUACAAAUAAUUCUAAAAAAGAUAAAUUUGUUCAAUCAUUUAAUGAAGAUUGUUCUUUUGAAAUUAAUGAUAUUCAAUCUGCUAUUAUAAAUGCAGAAGAAAAAACAACACAUUAUAAUAAAGAUUAUUUUGGAUAUGAGAUAGAACCAUUUAACAUGAAAAAUGAAUUACAAGAAGGAUACAUAGAUAAAGAUGGAAAUUAUAUUUAUCAUGAUUCUAAAAAUAAUAAAGUAGAAGAAGCUUGGUUAAAAUCAAUUGAUGAAAAUGAUUCUUUUUCAAAUAAUAAAUUACAAACUCAAAUACAUAAAGAAACAAAUUCAAAAUCUAAUAAUAAUAUUAAUACUGAUAUAUAUGACAAUUCUCUUACUGUUAAUAUAUAUGAUGGGCUUUAUUCCUUGUCAUGUUUAUUAGCAGAUAAAGAAACACCUAUUAAAGCCAUGAUUAGAUAUAAAAAUGAUUUAAAAAAUUGCAAGAAUUAUUUAAAUCAAUGUAAAACAAAUUUAGAUGAAGCAAGAACAAAAGGUUCUCAAAAAGACGGAACAGAGGAAAAUAUAAAAUCUGAAAAGGAUCUCCAAGCGAAUAUCACACAAAGUGAUGGAGACAAGGUAGAUGUGGAAAAGGAAAAGGAAGACAAGGCAGUUGUGGAAAAGGAAAAGGAAGACAAGGCAGAUGUGGAAAAUGAGAAAAAAGACAAAGUCGAUGUGGAAAAGGAAAAAGAAGACAAGGCAGAUGUGGAAAAGGAAAAGGGAGAAGAGGGUCUGGGUAAUACGAUUCAAGAUGAGGAUAAAAAAAAGAUGCAACAAUUGGAAGAAAUUUAUCAAAAAGCAUUAUUAGAUUAUAAAACAAUAGAAAGACAAUUUAAUAACAUAAUUGAUCUAACACAAAAAUUAACUAAUGAAUAUAAAAAUGUAUAUUUUUUAACAAAAAAUGAAUUUGAAGAAAUAUGUAAAAAAUUGGAAGAAUGUAAAGAAAGCGGAAAUAUAUUAUGGCAACUAAAAUGGCAAAGUGAUGUUAAUAAUAAUAUAUAUGGACCAUAUAAUUAUUAUGAUAUAUAUAAUUUUAUAUCUCUUGGUAUUGUAUCAGCAGCAAACCCAAUACUCUUAAGAAGGGUAAGUAACGAAAAUAAAAUGUUGGAGAAUAUUUGGCAAAGUUAUGAUACAGUGAAUUAUCUUAAUUUUGUUAAUAAUGAUAAUGUAAAAAAAAAAAGAAAAUUAAAUGAAAUAAAUAUCGAAGAUUCUGAAGACGAUCAAAAGGAAGUAGAUAGCUCUACUGAUGAUAAUGAAUAUGAUAUUCAAAAUAAAAAAAAAAAAAAAAAAAAAGGGUUAAUACAAAUAUCAAAAAAAAAGGAAAAAAUAAACAAUGAAGAAGAUACUGAUAAUGAAGAUGAUUUUGAAAGUUAUGACAUUUGA